CAUAUCUUUAUAUUUCUUUCUCCACUUCUUUAACCCCUUUUUUUUUUUACCCACACCAGUCCUUCUUUUAAAACACUACCGACAUUCAAUCCUUAUCAACAAUGAAUAAACUUCAAUGGUCCACUGAAUAUCUCACCAACGAAUACCCUACUCAACCUUAUCCCGCCCCUUCAAAACUUGAUCAAACGGGUUUGAUGUAUCCUGUAUCUCCCUUUUAUGCGUCUACAGUCACUACUUCACCUUCGUCCUCGCCUUUGUCCUCCAGUAGUGGCACCAUGUAUGGACCUGAGCCAUUUGUUGCUUCCAGUCCUCCCUUUGUAGGUAGUCCCGACAGUUUAAUGUCUGGAUUUGCUUCAGCACCCAUCUACCAUCCUCCCCCUCUUGUUCAAUCUACUUCCAGCUCUACCAUGAGUAGUACAAGCAGCGCUUAUCUUAACGAAACGAUUGCCAAGGCCUCUGCUUUACCUGAAUCCUUUUAUCCCGAGUUCCUUCAGUACUCUAAAGAAUCAUUUGAACAGCAAGCCGAUGCUACCAAUAGCAACAACUGUUCUCGUAAGCAAAGUCCUUCCAAGAAGCGUGCUAGAGAAGAAGAUAACAAGAAAGAGGAAAUGAGUGACAAGCGCUCCCGUAAGCAAAAGUCAGACCAAGAUAGCACGGAUACCAAUGUUAGUGAGCUUCGACGCCAAAUCCAUAUUCAAUCGGAGCAAAAGCGCCGGGCUCAAAUUAAAGAUGGUUUUGAGGAUUUACGUAGUGAGUUGCCUGCUUGCUUAAAUAAGAAGAUGAGCAAAGUCACUUUGUUACAUCGAACUGUUCAACAUAUUCAACAUUUAAAGAGUACCCAAAUGACAAUUUUGGCUGAGCUCGAACGUCUCGUUCAAGAAAAUGAACAACUCAGAAGUUUCCAGCAAAGUGUAUUACAAAAGCAAGCUCUUGAAAACAUGUACUCCAUGUAAUCUAUCUUGCCACAUCCAACUCUAUGAAUACCUUUGCAUUCUCUUUAUAUAUUGAAUACCCCCUUAUUUAAGAGCACAACAGUAUAGCACCUCUCUCUUUUUUUUAAUGGAGAGAGAAAAAAAGUCAAGCUUGCAUUUACCACUAAUAUCAGCACCUUUAUAUAUAUGUGUAUAUGUAUACUUAUAUACCCAUUUCUUUUAUUAUUACCACACUAAUAUAGAAGCAACAACAAUUUCCCACCUAUGUAAUUUAAUAAAUUUAUGAAAUCUUUACAAUCUUUGAUGAUAUGAACCAAAAA